AUAUAUUUACCAUUCUCUCUACAACCUAGAAUAAACUCUAAAGAGCCAACCAGAUCGAAACGCCUCUGCGAGAUCCAGCAACUUCUAGAAAAAUGAAGGUGGUCGCCGCGUUCUUGCUCUCCGUUUUGGGUGGCAAAGCUUCGCCUACAGCUGAAGACAUCAAAGACAUUCUCGGAUCAGUUGGUGCCGAGGCUAGUGAUGAGGAGAUUCAGCUUCUGUUGAAGGAAGUCAGUGGCAAGGACAUCACCGAACUGAUUGCAGCUGGUCGGGAGAAGCUGGCUUCUGUGCCAUCUGGUGGUGGUGUGGCAGUUGCUGCUGCUCCUGCUGCCGGUGGUGGUGGUGCAGCUGCUCCUGCCGCCGAGGAGAAGAAAGAAGAGAAGAAGGAAGAAAAGGAAGAAUCCGAUGAUGACAUGGGAUUCAGUCUUUUCGACUAAGCUUCUUGUUUCUCUCUGGUUUUGUUUUCUUGAUAAUGUUUAUUUUCAUCUUUGUUUUGUUAAACUGUUUGAGAUUUUACAAGUCUUUACAUUUAGUUUGUAGUCUUGAAUCUUUGCCGGAAUUCUCAACGGAGUUUGGUUUAGAUUAUGAUGCAGACCUGUUCUUUACUUGUGUUUCGGUUUCUAACA